AUGUUGUGGUCUGUACUUACUCCAAAAAAGCCAUUCUCACUCAAUCACCUAAUUACAAUUUCCUUUAUUUAUUUAUUCACCACAGUGCUAGUGUGUGUGUCGUCCUUCAACGUGGAUCAGAAGAACAGUUUAUCCUUCAAUGGCCCGCUGGAGGAAAUGUUUGGCUACACUGUCCAGCAGUUUGAAAACAGUGAGGGAAAAUGGGUUCUGAUUGGAUCACCACUUUCGGGCCAGCCUGCAAAACGAACAGGCGAUGUCUACAAGUGUCCUGUGGGCACAGGGAACAGCACAUGCGUUAAACUACUGCUGCCAGAAAACACUACUGUUCCCAACUUACAUGAAGUCAAGGAAAACAUGACCAUGGGAACCACACUCGUGACCAAUCCCAGCGGCGGAUUCUUGGCAUGUGGUCCACAGUACGGCUACAUGUGCGGUCAGCAGCAAUACAUUUCAGGGGUGUGCGCCAACGUCAGUUCGUCCUUCCAGGUUCUUAACUCUGUGGCACCUGGCGUUCAAGAGUGUGCAAAGGAGCUGGACAUUGUGAUUGUCUUAGACGGUUCUAACAGCAUCUACCCAUGGAGCAGCAUCAUCGAUUUCCUUGUCCGCUUCAUUGAGAACAUUCAGAUUGGACCCAAACUUUCACAGGUGGGCAUUGUGUCUUAUGGCGAGACGGUGACCCACCGUGUUAACCUGAGCCAGUUUGACAACACUGCCCCCCUGCUGGAUUUCGUACGUGAACUCCCACAGCAGACUGGCUUCAAAACAAUGACUUUCUUGGGCAUCGACACUGCCAGGACGGAGGCAUUCAUGCCAGAACGAGGUGCCCGGCCAGGUGUAAAGAAAGUAAUGGUUAUCGUGACAGAUGGCGAGUCGCACGAUUUCUACAACCUCAACAAAGUCAUUGGUGACUGCGAGAAGGAUGGCAUCGAGAGGUUUGGGAUCGCGGUUCUGGGUGACUACAACCGUCAGAACAAGAGCGCUGAAGAAGUUAAGAAAUUCAUCAAUGAGAUUGCAUCCAUAUCUAGUGAGCCUCUACGGGACCACUUCUUUAAUGUGUCAGAUGAGGUGGCACUGUUGACCAUCGUGGAUGCGCUAGGCAGCAAGAUCUUUGCUCUGGAAGCUACGACUGGCAAUUUCACCUCAUCUUUCGACAUGGAAAUGUCGCAAGCCGGGUUUAGCGCGCAUGCUUCUAAAGAAGGCUUGCUACUGGGAGCAGUGGGAGCCUAUGACUGGAACGGAACAGUAAUAACGCAGACUGACAUGGGAGCCAUUUAUCCAGAGAAAAACCAUUUUUUUGACCCUGAAAGCGAAGCUGGGUAUGAAAGAUUGGCUGGCUAUCUCGGUUACGACGUCCAGUCAGCGUCCACCCCCGAUGGGGUGCUGUACAUCACGGGCGCGCCACGGUACAACCACACAGGCCGUGUUUUUAUCUACAAACUGAAGGGCAAGGAUGUUGUUGUGUCGCAGACACUGGAAGGAGAACAGAUUGGUUCGUACUUUGGGAGCGUAUUGCAGACUCUUGAUGUUGAUGGCGACUCAUACACGGAUCUCCUCUUGGUUGGCGCUCCUAUGUUCAUGGGUCCUGACAGAGAUGAGCAGGGCCUAGUGUAUAUCUACAAGCUACAGCAGAACGGACACUUUGACUAUGAGUUUACGCUAAAGCCGAUCAAUCAGUCAUGCUGCAGCGGCAGCUCGUCCGACUGCACGCACAAAAAUGAGCCUUGCGGCGCACGCUUUGGCACUGCCAUCGCCGCCGUGUCGGACCUUAACUUGGACGGCUUCAAUGAUGUGGCCAUAGGAGCGCCUUUUGAGAAUGACCACAAGGGGGGCGUAUAUAUCUACCAUGGGGACAGCAAGCGUUCGCUCAAGGAAAAGUUUGUGCAGCACAUCCCAGCGGGCGGAAAUGACGACAAGAUGAAAUUCUUUGGGCAAUCUAUACAUGGAGUCAUGGAUCUCAAUGGAGACGGAAUCACUGAUGUGACUAUCGGGGGUCUCGGAGGGGCCUCGUUAUUCUGGUCCAGAGAUGUGGCAGAGCUUCGAGCCAACAUGACGUUCGACCCUGCCAAGAUCAACCUGCAGCAAGUCCAGUACCACUGCGACCCGGGACGAAAAUCCGUGUGCGUUACCACCAGUGUAUGUUUUGUCUAUAGUAUCAAAUCCGACAAGCAGGACCUUGCAUCCAAAGCAGUGAUUCGUUACGAAUUGACACUGGACGCUUUACGGCCGAAAGCCAGGGCUUCUUUUCUCAACCCGGACGACAAGAGUGACCGACGGAUUUCUAGAACAAUUACUGUUGAAGACCGACAGAGGAUUUGCGCAAAGGAAAUGUUUAUUAUGUCGGCCCGACUGGACUUCCGAGACCCUCUCUUGGUGUCGCUGGACUUUGGACUGGCUGACGAAGAUCAAGGCCCUGUCCUAGAUGAAAGCCUGCCCACAUCCAUUAACAAGACGAUUCCACUGGUGGACUGUGGCAGCCACGAGCGGUGCGUCACUGACCUUUCCCUCCAAGCAGAGCCCAGCGUGAAAAGUUUGGUGAUUGGCGCUAAGAAGGACAAACUGGACGUGAACAUCCGUGUGAGAAACAGCAAAGACAAUGCUUACAAUACCAAAGUGAUCGUCAGCUUCACGCCCAAUAUCAAUUAUGUCAAAGUGGAGCCGGAAAAAGACUGCACUCUAAAUCACACCAAAGUGGAAUGCGCCGUGGGGUACCCCUUCUUGGGAAGCAAUGAGGAGGAAGCUUUGAAGGUCAAGUUUGAGGUCAAUCCCAAUCACAUUCAUCACAACAUCCAAAUCAACGUCACAGCCACAAGUGACAGUGAAGAGUAUACUUCCACUCUCAAUGACAACAUGGUGUACAUCUCCAUCCCUGUCAAGUACGAGGCUGGACUCGUGUUCACUGUGCGUCCGGUGGACGAACAUGUUGUAGUGAAAGAGGGGGAGAAGUACUUGGCAGUGUUCAACGACACCCGUAUGAUCGGCGAGGAGGUCAACAUCAGCUUUACAGUGGAGAAAGCAGGUGAAAUGGUGACUCCCCCCCUUGAUCUGAAGGUGACCUACCCUGAGCUGUCGCCUCGUAACAAUUACCUACUGUACUUGACGCACAUCGUCACCAGCCCGCAGAUGAAAUGCGACGCGGCUGCUUUGAUCAACCCGCUUAAUCUCAACCCGGAUGUUGUUAAACCCAAUCCGAACAAAGAAACACUUGGUGUAUUUCUACUGAGCUGCGAGAACCUCCCGUGCGCCUCGUUUAAAUGCUUGAUCCCCGAGGCCAAAGUUAGCCAGCUCAAUGUCACCUUCAGAGUGUGGAAACCCACAUUCAUCAAGGCGGACUUUUCCAAUCUGUAUAUGCUGGUAAACGCCACACUGGGGAGCAGAAACACAGAUCUGUUUGUAUUGAGCGCUAGUGACAUCAGCAGAACUGUGAAGAUCCAAGUCUCCAAGGAGAGCUUAGGUGGUAUCCCGAUAUGGAUCAUCAUCAUCAGCAUCCUCAUAGGUCUACUCAUCUUAGCGCUAGUCAUCUUCGCUCUAUGGAAGAUGGGCUUCUUUAAGAGAAAAUCUCCAGAGUUCUCCAAGGAGGAAAUGAUGGAUUGA